AUGUCUACCUUUUCCGAUCACAACUCCAUGUCGGCCGAGGACAUAUUUUCCGCCGACUGGUCCGCCCCGGGGCAGCUCUUCCCCUCUCCCGACGCUGACAUCGGCCGGCAGAACUCGAUGACCCUCGACAGCAACAAGCCUGCUCCUGCUCCUGCUCCGAGACAGCCACCCCCUCCCCCCCCCUCUGCAUCCCAACAGGGUAUCCUCAUCGACCUCGACAACGACAACGACCGCUCCUCCGACCCCAAGGCCCGCAGGAUGCCUCCCCCCCCGUCGCGCCCCGGCGGUCCCUCGGCCUCCCCCUCCAGACGACCGCCGCCUCCCCAGCCUCAGCCGCAGCGGUCCUCCCGGGCUCGACGUAACUCGGACUCGUCCAUACUCGACUUCGACACGAUGCCCCUCACCGAGGAGGAGAAGAGGAUGAUUGCCCGUCGCCGCGAGCGCGAACGUCAGAAGCGGGACGCCCCCAAGCCGCCGGCCGGCCCCACCGUCGGGGCCACCAAGGCUGCUGCCGCCCCUGCUGCCGACGCCACCGCCGAGAAGUCGGACAGGCGGGAUGCGCGUGAGCGGCGCGAACGCGACCGUGAGGGCAAAACCAGGAGCAAGUCUGGGAGGCCCAACCGCCGCGUCGACAUCAUCGAUCAGCUCGAUGCCACGGGCAUCUACGGCACAGGACUCUUCCACCACGACGGUCCCUUUGACGCCCUCAACCCCCACCGCAACCGGAACACGAGCCGCAGGGCCCCGAUGCAGGCCUUCCCCAAGGACUCGCUCAACAACUCGCUCGGCGGAUCCGGCCCGCUCAACAACCAGGCCGACCACACCCUCUUCAUGGGCCAGGGCGACGACGACGCCGCCUUUCGCGACUACGCCUCCAAGCGCGUGGCCGCCGCCCCCCGCCUCGACGGGGACGUCACCAUCUUCAACCCCACCCAGCGCAUCGACGCCAUCCACGGCGACGAGAGCGAGGGCCUGGGCACGUCGACCUUCCUCGAGGGAGCCCCCGCAGCCCGCUCGGCCAUCACGCGCGACCUCGCCGAGAGGCAGCAGCAGAUGGCCGAAGGCGGAUCCGGCGGCGGCGGCCUGCAGCGCAAGAAGUCGCUCGCCCAGCGCCUGCGCAUGAACAAGGGCGGCAGCAGCGGCCACCGCGUCAUGUCGCCCGACGCCUACGGCGGUAGGUCCGCCAGCGUCGGCACCACGGCCAGGGGCGACCCCUUCGCCGAGGAGUUCUCCCGCGGCGCCGGCGAGGAGUCCCUCAGCCUGCGCCCGCGAGAGAGAGCCAUGUCUCCCGACGCGCCGGUCCCCGCUCCGCGCCGCCGUGCCGCCUCGGGCGCCGCCCUGGAGCGCCGGUCGACGGCGGACGCCAGCAUGACCAACGACGACGGCGCCGCCCCCAAGCCCAGCGGCAUCCUGGGGAGGAUGAAGAGCCUCAAGGGAGGUCGCAGGCCCGCGAGGACGGCCGAGAGCGCCGCCAGCCCUCCGCCGCCCACGAAUCACGGGGCGGCCAUGUAG